AUGCUUCCUCUCUUGAUCAAGAUGCUUCCUCUCUUCAUCAAGGUGCUUCCUCUCUUCAUCAAGAUGCUUCCUCUCUUCAUCAAGAUGCUUCCUCUCUUCAUCAAAGUACUUCCUCUCUUGCUCAAGAUGCAGCUUCCUCUCUUCAACAAAGUGCUUCCUCUCUUCAUCAUACAGCUUCCUCUCUUCAUCAAAGUGCUUCCUCUCUUCAUCAAGGUGCUUCCUCUCUUCAUCAAGAUGCUUCCUCUCUUCUUCAAAGUACUUCCUCUCUUCAACAAA